UAAGCAGCUUGGUGGCAAAAUAAUGACUUCUCAAGAAACGUUAACCUAUAGAGAACUAUUUAAGUACAUGGAUGGAUUUCUGAUAUCAAAGGCCUUAUUUACAGCUUGUGAACUCGGUGUGUUUGACCUUUUACAAGAGAUGAAUGCCCCACUGUCAGCCAAUGAAAUUUCACAGAAGCUGAACACCAGUCGACAUGGAAUUCAGAGAUUACUGAAUAUAUUUGAAUCAAUGCAACUAUUAAUGUCUGAGAAGAAAAAUGACACAGUGUGUUAUCAGAUAUCUCAGAUGGCGAAGAAGUUCUUGACAAAAAACAGCAAAGAAAACAUAGUUCCAUGGAUAAAGUUCUACGCACAAACCGUGUAUGCCUGUGCCCAUUACUCUGUGCCUGCAGUGAGAGAAGGAAAGCAACAGACUGGAAAAAUAUUUGGAGAGUUGAACAGUGAAUUUUUUGACGCUAUGUACAGUUCUACAGAACAGACUACCCUAUACCUGGAAUUUUUGAAUUGUGCCUGGAAUAUCUUUGGAAACGAUGUGGUUACAGCAUUUGACCUUUCAUCAUUUAAAAACAUUUGUGACAUUGGAGGAGGAUCAGGUGCCCUGGCCACCAAAAUAAUCUCAGUAUAUCCAGAGUCAAGAGUAACAAUCUUUGAUUUACCAAAGAUGAUCCAGGGAGCAAAACAGUGCAACCUGCAUGUUAAAGAUCCUAGAAUUUAUUUUCAGGAAGGAGACUUUUUUCAGGAUCCCAUUCCAUCAGCAGAUCUGUACAUCUUAGCACGAGUUAUCCAUGUGUUACCCAAAGAGAAGUGCACUGAACUUCUAAGGAAGGUUUACGAGGCAUGUAACCCUGGAGGCGCUGUUCUUUUGGUUGAAUGCAUCUUGAAAGAAAGCAUUGAUGCACUCUUGGUGAAUCUUCUUAACUUCAUAAUGUUUCUUAUAUCAAAAGGAGGGGAAUACACAGAAGAAGAGAUGACCGUCCUCCUAGAAAAUGCAGGAUUUCAAGAUGUUGAAAUUAAGAUUACAGGAACAUACUUUGAUGUUAUAAUAGGCAGAAAAGCAUUUAAGUGAGUUUUGGGUAACACAUGUUUGUAUUAUAAUAAAAUGUAUUCCUGAAAUUGAAAUUACUUAAAAAAAUGUUUGUGAAUGUAUUUUUAUUUUUCAUGUCUUCUCAUGUUUACUGCAUUUUUGUAGAGUUUAAUUUACAUUUCAGUGUGGGAAAUCUGUCACAGUUUGAAUUUGUUUUGACAUUUUAUUGCAUUCUUUCACUGCCUGACUUGUAUGUAUGUUUUGGAUUUCAUAAUAAAAUUUGCUCAAUU